GCCCGCCUAUCGCUUCUCUUGUCAUUGUUUUAUUCCUUUUUUAAUGACGUGGGGGUGGCAGGGGAUGUUUGGAGCGACCCUCUGCCAAGCAGGACGCGGGAGACCGAACGGCGGGAGAAAGGACGGCUGGAAAGGCCGGUCUGAAGUGAUAAUGGUAGUAAUACUGGUAGUAGGCCCUUCACUUCCACCCAGGAUUGCAGGUAGCAGUCUUGAUCUUUUUGGAGGGGGGGGAUCCAAACUGACAGUAAGAGUGCAAAUAUGGAUGCUAUGAUCCUCUGCCGGCUUAGCUGAAAAUUUGUAAUGUACGUUAGAUGCAGUGGUGCUUUGCUUCUGAGUAAGCAAGUAAUGGAUUGUAUGGAAAAGGUUUGGGGCUUUUUAAGGUACCAUGCGACAGCUGCUGAGUUUGUGGAGGCCUAGCUGGUGUUAAUGAAGCAGGACUUGGCAACUGGGUGCUCUCCAAAUGUUUUGCAUUACAACACCUGUCAGUCUCAAUAAUCGGGGAUUGUAGGAGUUGUCAUUCAAAAUAUCUGGAAGGACACCAGGUUCCUUGGCCCUGUAGUAACGAUAUUUCCCUGCUGCUACUUUUGGGUUGGUGUGGGAUGUCUUUUGCUGUCACUUUUUGUGAUACCAAAACAAAUAACAUGCAACAGUAAAGACUAACAGAUUUAUUGUGGAGUAAGUUUUUACUGCAUCUCUAAAAUAGCUCACCUGAACCCAAAAGCAUUAGCAGCAACCAAAGGGAAAUUAAGACCACGCCCAUCUUCCAGCUGAAGUAUAUCUGCUGAAAUGGGUUCUAGGCCAUGGAAGAUCACGCUGCUGUAAAUCUGUUAGUCUUCAGAGUGCAUCUGAAUCCCUUCAUGUAUUUGAUACAUCAAGCCAACAUAGCAAGUUCUUUAAAAUUGGUUGUGAAGAUAAAUAUAGUAGAGCCGAAGAAGGAUGGAUGGGGAGACACAUAUAGCUUUUCCUGCUCCAUUCAUGUGUGUAGAGCUGUUAAUAAAGGUGCAGAGGUGCCAAUUGGAAAUUUGGAGAUAUUUUUAUUGUGUAGGUCUAAGACUUGCCUGUAGAUAGUCUAGGCUUAGUAACUAGGGGCUGCUGGCUCUCCUUUCUUCCCCAAUGUUCCCGUCCUUCCUGGCAGAGAGUUACUGUGUUGUUGACCCCCUCCCCCUUGUAGGAGUGGGGCGUGUCUCUAUCUGGGGCUGGAGUAAUCUCCUUUUCAAACCAAACUUCAUAAGGACUUGCAUUAAAACUGGAGGAAAACUAGCAUUUUUAAAAAGAUACCUCCAAGAAAGCAAAAAAACUGGACUGAUUUUCCUUUGGAUUUUAAAUGAAUUUAGUAGUUAGGUAAUCCUGCAAUUUAUUAUACAUUGUGGCUUUUUCUGGCUUUCGUUGGGUUGUGCACAGUGUUUUCUGCUCUCUGUCAUUCCAUCCUAACUUCCAACAAGGCUUGUCAAAAUGUAGGCAAGAUUAAUGGAUUCUAUAAUUAAACCCAGAGUUGCUGAUAGUGUUUCAGUCCCCUUCCAAAAUAAUGCUUGGAAUGCUUCACUUCCCCAUGUCACUAUUAAGAAAUAUUCUUUUAUUAUGAUUUCUGCUUAACUUCCUACAAAGGCUUUCUGAGUGGCAUCUUUGUAACAGUUCUGUGAAACAGGUUUGAUUGAAGUAUAGUGACUGCCUCCAAAUUUCCCUGUUAGCUUCAUGGUUGAACAGGGGCUUAAACCAGUGAAAUGUUUUAGCUGUUUUAUUAUGCUCAUUCUGUUUCUGGUGAUUUUGGAGCUGCUGUGCAUGUCAGCAAAUCCUUAAGAUUCUGUGACUGAUAUUGCUGCCAAAAAAUGGUUUUCACUGUGUUUUAGUUAGUGGACUAACAGUUAAUAUAGAAUCAGGAUCUUAUAGUAACUCAUAGUUCAAUGGAAAGCUGUGUUUAGGUGAUGAUUUCUAUGUUCCUUGUAUAUGUUUCUCAUAGUAGGGUUUUUUGUUUUUGUUUGAAGCCAAAGUGUAUAAAUAGAACAAAGCUUUGUGCUUGUGGUUGGAUGGAUUUCAUUUCCCCUGUGCCUGGAUAGUCCCAGGAUUGGCUUAUUGUGUCUCUGCAGUUUUAGUGAUGGGGUAGGUAGGAACUUUCUCAUGAAUACUAAUAUAAAAUGAAACUGAAAUGACUGAGGAAGAGCUGGAAUCCCAAUACUCUUUAAUGCAGGAAAGUCUGAAUAGCUUUGGUUUGAAAAGGAGUAUGUGGCAUAUUGUAAGUGUUUGCUUCUUCCAUUUCUGUUUAUACAAACUUUGUCAGUUGACAUGAUUCCAGGCCCCAAACUGAAAAUUAAUUUGCACGUUGCAAUAUUCCUUCUAGAAGUUAAAGUAUGAGGGAAGUAAUUUUCUGUGGGACCUUUAAAAUGAAUUUUCUAUGAAUAAAUGAAUAAAUAAAUCUUUGAAUACAGGCAAAUGCUAGAGAUACUAAAUAAUGUCUUGUUUUUGAGCAUAUAGCCAAACAAAUUUCUUUCUUUUUUCUUUUGUAGGAUUACUUUUGAGAUACUAAACUGAGAAUUGAUUUAGAGAACUCAGCUUCAUGCUAACCAAUUUCAAUAGCAGUUUAAAUUCAAGUGUCUUACAUUUUUCUGUAAUAUUUUGUAGCAGGGAGUUCAUGUAUGGGACAGUUUAUAGUCUGGAAUCAAUCAGCUGUGGAAAAAAUGGUUGCAGCAAAUUCUACAUAUGCUUAUGAUCUUUAAACAAUCUACAUUUGUAAAUUAAGGAGGUUUAUGGACAUUCUUUCAUCCAUAGUAUUAAACUUGUUUCUAUUAAGUAGGACAUUCAUCAGGUACCUAAAAUGUGAUGGAGGUGGCUGAAGUAUUCUCCACUCCUGUGCUGAUCCUUAUCUUUAGAACUGCAUAUUUUCUUUAUCUUGAGCAGUCUAGGAGUGUUGACUGUCUGAAGUAAAAUUGGUAUUGAGCUGUUCAACAAAAAAAACCUGCCAGAAGAUGCAUAUUAAUUAGCAAGGCUGGCCUCUUAGAAAUACUUUGCCAAUUGUGUUUUUUUAAAUAACAAGGCUCCCAAAGUAAGUUAGUAUGCGGUAUCAAUUCACAGUGGAGGAAUUUACCAUCUUAUUUCUGUCAGCUCGCUUUUGCCUGCUCACAAAGACUAGAUUAAUACUUUAGACCUCUUCAAUAAAUUAAACUAGCCUCUCACAAAUUGCACAGAAAUCAUUAGCCCAUAGAAUGCCUGCUAAUCACCUACCAACUUAUACAAUUGUGGCAAUCCAGUUUACAGAAAUAUUCUUUCAUGAAGAAGAGUCUUAUUUGCUAGCAAUGACCAGACAAAUAAUUAAGUCCAGAGCAAACCACUGAGGAGGCUUGUAUGCCUGAGCAUUAUUAUUGUACCUUCUAUUGAAACCUCCUUAAAUUACACACAUGUUACUGUUCCUUUGUAUGUGUGUCUCUCUAUCACAUAACCCAGCACUUCUUUCCUCAGCCGUAUGGCUAGGGGCCGAGCCUAGCCAUGAUUUUACCUCCAAUGGACGCAAGUUUCUUUGGUGAAGAUUUCUCCUGAGAGUUCGACACUAGCAGAAAGAAGCGAGGAAAUUGCGACCGUUUGGUUCUUACGGAUAGGUAUGAUGGCCGUGGUCACCUGCAUGACCUUUCUGAAUACGAUGCUGAAUAUUCCACAUGGAACAGAGAUUACCAAUUAUCCGAAGAGGAAGCUAGAAUAGAAGCCCUCUGUGAUGAAGAGAGAGGAAGAAUAUAAGAGGCUGAGUGAAGCUUUGGCAGAAGAUGGUACCUACAAUGCAGUGGGGUUCACAUACAGUAGUGAUUAUUAUGAUCCUUCAGAACCCACUGAGGAAGAAGAACAGCCUUCAAAAGCAAAAGUUGCUAUGUCCAAGCCAGAAAAGUCAGAAGAAAAUGAAGAGCCUUUCAUUGCCCCUUUGGGACUGAAUGUACCUUCUGACGUGGAACUGCCACCAACAGCCAAAAUGCAUGCCAUCAUAGAACGAACUGCAAAUUUUGUCUGCAAGCAGGGGGCCCAGUUUGAGAUUAUGCUGAAAGCAAAACAAGCUCGGAACUCUCAGUUUGACUUUCUGCGAUUUGACCACUACCUCAACCCUUACUACAAAUUUAUUCAGAAAGCCAUGAAAGAGGGGCGAUAUGCUGCGCCUUCAGAAAAGAAAAAAGAAGCAAAAAGGAAUUCUGAUCAAGAAGAUGAUGACGAUGAUGGAGAUAACUACCUGCAUCCAAGCCUCUUUGCAUCUAAAAAGCGCAAUAGACUUGAAGAGCUUAUGAAGCCUUUAAAGGUGGUGGAUCCUGAUCACCCACUGGCAGCACUUGUCCGCAAGGCUCAGGCUGAUAGUAGCUUGGUUACUCCUCAGCCAGCUGAGGGAGGAACUGUUCAGUCAUCACAGAUAGAAUAUUCUUCAGAUUCAACUGUGGCAGCCAUGUAUUACAGUUACUACAUGUUGCCGGACGGAACGUACUGCCUUGCCCCACCUCCCCCAGGCAUCGACAUGGCUACUUACUACAGUGCACUGCCCGCAGGAGUAACUGUAUCCAGCACAACAGGAGUAGCCACCGUAACUGCACCCCCGCCUCCCGGCACGACCCCACCACCGUCUUCGGAAACAGCCGAAGACAACGGAGGAGCAGCGCCUGCCGCAAAUACGUCAACAAGCACAAUUUCUCCUGUGGUUGCCAUCAUUCCCCCACCUCCAGACAUCCAACCCGUAAUUGACAAGCUCGCCGAAUAUGUUGCAAGGAAUGGGAUUAAAUUUGAAACCAGUGUUCGUGCCAAGAAUGAUCCAAGGUUCGAGUUCUUGCAGCCUUGGCAUCAGUACAAUGCCUACUAUGAAUUUAAGAAACAAUUCUUUCUUCAGAAAGAGGCCAGUGACAGUUCGAAGCAGGUAGCAUCUUUAUCGGAGGAUAUCCCUGCAGAUACUGCCAGCGCUGUACCUGGAGAAGCUCAGUUUCAUACUGACCACACAUCUGAAGAUGCAGAGUCUGGUAUCCAAGGAAACAAUAAAAAGGACCCAGCUGCCGUCAAAGUUGCCAAUGAUGGCAAACUGAUGAAAGCCUCCUUUGCACCAAUAAGCUUUGCAAUCCGGGCCAAAGAAACUGACAUGCUCCCCUUGGAGAAAAACCGGGUAAAACUGGAUGAUGACAGUGACGAGGAGGCCGAAGAAGGCAAGGAAGGCCAAGAGAAUGCAAGUAGCACUUCAAGCAGCAAUGCAGCAUUUGUAACACCCAGCAGCGUUACUGAAGAAAAGAAGCCGCAGCUUACGCAGGAGGAGCUGGAAGCUAAACAAGCAAAGCAGAAACUAGAGGACAGAUUGGCAGCUGCAGCACGGGAAAAGCUAGCACAAGCCUCCAAGGAGUCAAAAGAGAAGCAGCUUCAAGCAGAACGGAAGAGGAAAGCUGCCCUGUUCUUGCAGAACCUGAAGAAUCCCUUGGCAGACUUGGAGGUUGAGAAAAUCGAGGAGAAUGCCUUCAAUAUAGAGACGGUCAGUAACAUGCCAUGCGCUCUGUUGACGGGCAUCAGGACACUGCCGGCCUUGGAAGCAAAGCUACCCGAAAGGCCUUCAAGCAAAAGUAGAGAUCUCCCCAGAGAAGAAGAGAAGGAAAAGAAGAAAAAGAAGCACAAGAAAAGAUCCAGAUCCAGAUCCCGGUCCCCUGCUUCCAAGUAUCACUCGUCCAAGUCCAGGUCUCGAUCGCAUUCGAAAGCCAAGCAUUCACUUCCCACUGCCUAUCGAACUGUCCGGCAUUCCAGACUUCCAGAAUCCACAGGGACGCUGAGCAGCCCAACAGUGGGAGCCGCAGCAGAGCACGGGAAUUCCCAGGCAGCCUCGACAACGCAAAGAUAUGACUGCCGGAGCUCUUUAGAGGGAAAGCCUGGUAAAACGUCAAGGUCUCGGUCAAGAUCACCAAGGAGGAGGACACACACCCCCGAAAGGCGCAGAGAAGAGAGGAGUGUUCCAACCGCGUACCGCGUUAGCAACAGUCCCGGAAUGAGUAGACGGCACACACGCUCCAGAAGUCCUCAUGAAAAGAAGAAAAGGAGAUCUCACUCUCACACCAAGUCGAAAGCAAGAUCUCAUUCACCGUCAGCCUCACCAGGCAAACAGUCCGUGCAUAAGAAUACCACCCAUUCCACAAGUGUCUCUCCUGUGGAGAGUAGGGAAUCCAGUCAAGAGCGUUCUGGGGGAGUAUCUUUGGAAAAAGAUGGCCAGAUCUCUUCUGCAAUUGUAUCAUCAGUACAGAGCAAAAUAACUCAGGAUCUUAUGGCUAAGGUGAGGGCAAUGCUCGCAGCUUCCAAAAACAUCCCAACUAGCGCAUCUUGAGACCCGAAGAGCUAGCUGUUCAGAAGAUGGAGUACAAAUGGAAAAUCUGUUCCAAUGGUUUCUAGCUUUCCUUACCCAACUGCAGCUUUCAAGAAGCUAAAAUUCUUGCUGUGUACAGAAGAAGGUACCCUUGGAACUUGGAUAAAUCUUCCAUGUGGAACUUCCUUUUGAUAAAACAGCCUUUUGGGGUUUUGUAAAUUACAUUUUGACUGGUUCUUCAGUAAGAAUUUUAACAUGAGCGGUGUUUGUAUAUUUGUAAAUACAGCGUUCCUGCAAGUGUCACAUAAAUAAAAAUGCAGAUAAACACUUUUUAUUAGGGAAAUGCUUUUUCGAGGUUGGUUUUUACUUUUCAUUUAGAUGAUUUCUAGGCACACGUUCCAGUACGGAGGAUUCUCCCAUGUGGCAUAUGCAGAUUGAAGGCUGCAGCUUAAAACCAGAAUUUAGCAAUAAAAAUGGCAGACAAAGUGAUGCAUUAAAACCAGAGAACGGGCACAGUUCAUCAGACAGCUAACCCUAAGGGCCUUGCCUAAUGGGGGCAAAGGGGCCAGCUCCCCUUUCUUCCAUACUGCAGCCGAGGAGCUGGUUCCAAGUGUUUUGGGGGCCACCACUGAAAAAGCCUGUUCAGUAUUAGGCCGGGAACCACUAGACGGUGUGACCACCAAAGGAUGAUCAGUGGCAGACCGUGACCAAAAAUACAUGUACAGAAGUUGAGUGGCGCCCUUGGAUCCUGGAUUUUUCAGGUAAGCCUCUGCAGAAUGAACAGCACCCAGUGCAGUUCAUGCAAGCAGGUCACGUCCUCCCCUUUCCAGUGUUAAUGGGGCACGGUCUGAAUACAGUUUUAUUAAUGUUUCUAUCAUUUGCACUUGAAGUGCUGUUGAUAGGGAAGUGAAUACAUAAUCCAAUCUGGGGUAAGAGUUAAACUAAAAUGAGUAAAAUAAUGACUGUAAGGGUUAAAAAACUUUAACUUGGAAGUUCUAAUGUUUGAUGGUUUCAAAAUCUGGAAGCCAUUCGGUGUUUAGCACACCACUCUGUAUACGCUUUGUCACUGACCCAUUUUUCUUUAAUAUAUUCUUAUUUCUAAUAUAAUUUCCCCAAAUGCAAAAUAGGUUUCAUUCUCCAGAGAUUCCAGACUGUCCUUAUUUAACUUUUUCCCUCAAUGCACAAGAGAAACCCAGAAUUGAAAGUUAGUGCAGAUGCUAUCUUGCCUUUAUAAAUGGCUCAUGGCAAAUAGCAAUUAUAUACUAAACCUUGUGAGCUUCCUAUAAUUACAGUUUCAUUUAUCAUACAGACAGAGGUUCAGUGAAAAAACUUCAAAACAUUUUUCAAAAGAGAAUGGCAGUGUUUUAAAUGGCAACUUUGAAAAAUGCCCAAAAGAUAAAAUGUUGAUCGAUGACUUGUUACCACAGUGUAAAGUUAAACAGUAUGGUUUUACAGUGUAUUGUAUGUUACAGCGUUAAAUUUAAGUUUCAGCCCUUUAAAUUUGACUGUUCCGUGGGAAUAACAAAACACACCCUUUCUUAAGGUUGCAUAAGCACUGUAAGAAGAAAAGCUCUAGGAAUAUUUAAUUAAAAGGUCAAGUAUUUUGUC